AUGUGUCAAUCAGUAGCAGAGUGUUACGCCGGUAAAAGCAUUUUUAUCACUGGUUGUACAGGAUUCUUGGGGAAGGUACUCUUAGAGAAGAUACUCUACAGUUGUUCCGAUGUUAAAAAAGUCUACAUACUUCUUAGAGGGAAGCGGGGAUUGACGAUUCAAGAGCGUGUUAAGACUUUGCUGGAGCUGCCAGUAUCAUACGUAUUUCAUUCGGCUGCAUCGAUCAAGUUUACCGAGCCGCUACACGAUUUGCUCAACGUCAACGUCAAGGGUACUGAGAGGGUAUUAUCUUUAUGUAAAUGUAUGAAGAAGCUUGAGGUCCUCGUUCACGUUUCAACAGCGUAUUCCAAUACACAUAAAAUAUUUAUCGAAGAAAAAGUUUACCCAUCACCAAUCCCUCUGAGCAUGAUUGAUCAUUUGAUAAAAGAACAGCCAGAUGAAGAGAGAACUAAAAUAAUAAUAAAGGAUGAGUCAAACGCAUACACAUUCUCUAAGAAACUGGGAGAGGCUUUGUUGGCGGAAAAACAUGGUCAUGUUCCCGUUAUUAUCAUCAGGCCUUCAAUAGUGACUGCAAGUCUAUCAGAACCGCUUCCAGGGUGGAUAGAUAACUGGAAUGGGGCAACUGGUUUAAUUGGAUCCAUCAGCAAAGGCAUCCUAAGAGUUAUCCCUGGGAACGAAGGCAACGUUUUGGAUCUUAUACCAGUCGACUAUGUCGUUAAUCUCAUAAUUGUAGCGCCUACAAAGAAAAUAUUAUACCGAAAAAUACUGCGCAGAAUAGUACAAGUCCGCGAUGUAUUAGAAAUUUUUACGUCCAACUCAUGGAAGUUCAGUACGAUGAAUAAUUACUGCCUCUUCUCAUCUCUGUCACCGAGUGAUCAAAAAACUUUCCCAUUUAGUCCAUCAUUAAUAAAUUGGUCAGAGUAUAUUCCUAUAUACUUCGACGGAAUGAUAAAAUAUUUACUCAAGACAAACCCGGCUUCUUAA